UGCAGAGCAGCAGCGAGCCUGGAGUGGCGGAGCGACCCGGCAGCCGGGCGAACGUUCCGGGAGGCGCGGCGAGCCGCAGGCUGCUCCGGAGGACGCUGGGAACCACGCGCGGAGGCUGCUGCCGCGCAUGCGCACCGGCCACGGCUGCGCUACGUGGGAGCAUCUCCGAGCUGUGCGGAGGGCUGCCGGCCCCGGGGCGAGGGAGCAAGGGCAAGCGGGGCGAGAGGACCAGGGGUAUCCCAGGGGGCUGCUUAGAAACCUGGAGCCUCCAGCUGCCUGCUGAGGAGAGGGAUGGAGCUCAAGACGAGAAGGUCCUUGCGAGCCUAGACAUUAAAAGGUCCAGACUCCGGAUUUUGGUACUGUAUGUUCCCUGGGUGUGUGAGAGUGGAGGACUCCAGCACAACUGUGAAGCCCGAGGUCCCAGCAGUUUGCUUACCCAAAGUGGCCAAAACCAGAUAGAACCUUCUGCCUUGUGGGCUGAGGCAGAGAGCCCCAGAAAGGAGUGCUCAAGUCAUCAUGCUAAAGCAGCUCCUGAUCACCCUGCCCAUGGAGGCCAGCACCUGCGUGAAGUUGCGCCAUCCAAAGAAGGCCAAGGAGGGGGCGUCCCUGUGGGAGGACAUGACUAAGAUGUUUGAAGGAGAAGUUUUGCUCUCUCAGGAUGCUGAUGAGACCCAGGGAGAAAGUUUCGAGGAUCAAGUCACCUCCAGGCCCUCAGCAGUGGAAUCUCAGGGACUGUUGACCUUCAAGGACAUAUCGGUGGACUUCACCCAGGAGGAGUGGGGGCAGCUGGCCCCUGCUCACCGGAAUCUGUACCGGGAGGUGAUGCUGGAGAACUAUGGGAACCUGGUCUCAGUGGGAUAUCAGCUCUCCAAACCUGGUGUGAUUUCCCAGUUGGAGAAGGGAGAAGAGCCAUGGCUGAUCGAGAGAGAGAUAUCAGGAAGUCCAAGUUCAGACUUGGAGAAUAAAACAGAAACCAGGGAGUCAGCCUUAAAGAAUGAUAUUUCAUGGGAAGAAUUACACCAUGGCCUAAUGAAGAAACAGUCCACAAGAGGAAGCCCCUUAUAUUCAACACUGGGAAGAGUCUCCAAAUGUGAUAAGUUAGAAAGCCACCAGGAAAACCAAGGAAUCGGUGAUGGGAAAAUCCCCUUGACCCACAAGAAAACACUCACUCAGGAGAGAGGCCGAGAAUCUAACAGAUUUGAGAAAAGUAUUAACAUGAGCUCAAAAGUUAUUCCCAGACCAGAAGGUCCUCCAAGAAUAAAAGACCAUAAGUAUGAUAUAUCUAGAAAGAGAAGUAGAUACAAUUUAGAUUUGAUCAAUCAUUCAAGUAGUUACACAAGAAUGAAAACCUUUGAAUGUAAUAUUUGUGAAAAAAUCUUCAAACAGCUCAUUCACCUUACAGAACACAUGAGAAUUCAUACUGGAGAGAAACCUUUCCGAUGUAAAGAAUGUGGAAAAGCCUUUAGCCAAAGUUCAUCCCGUAUUCCACAUCAGAGAAUCCAUACUGGUGAGAAACCCUAUGAAUGUAAGGAGUGUGGGAAAACCUUCAGACAUCCAUCAUCUCUUACUCAACAUGUUAGAAUCCACACUGGGGAGAAGCCCUAUGAAUGUGGUGUAUGUGAGAAAGCAUUCAGCCAGAGCAUUGGGCUGAUCCAGCAUCUGAGAACUCAUGUUAGAGAGAAACCUUUCACCUGCAAAGACUGUGGAAAAGCAUUUUUCCAGAUUAGACACCUUAGACAACAUGAGAUUAUUCAUACGGGUGUGAAACCCUACAUUUGUAAUGUAUGCAGUAAAACCUUCAGCCAUAGCACGUACCUAACUCAACACCAGAGAACUCAUACUGGGGAAAGACCCUAUAAAUGUAAGGAAUGUGGGAAAGCCUUUAGCCAGAGAAUUCAUCUUUCUAUUCAUCAGAGAGUCCACAUGGGAGUAAAACCUUAUAAAUGCAGUCAUUGUGGGAAAGCCUUUAGGCACGAUUCAUCCUUUGCUAAACAUCAGAGAAUUCAUACUGGAGAAAAACCUUAUGACUGUAAUGAAUGUGGAAAAGCCUUCAGCUGUAGUUCAUCACUUAUUAGACAUUGCAAAACACAUUUAAGAAGUACCUUCAGCAGUGAUAUGUGAUAUAUGUUCAACAUCAAAGAAUCCUCAUAAUGGAACAAAAGCCUCUAAAUCAGGUUUUCUGACUUUUGGAUUUUAAGAAGCAAUGAUUUUCUCUAAGGAUUUGACCCAAUUUACAACUUUCAGUUUUGCUAUGUUAAAGAAACUACCUUUUACUAACAUUGAUACAGAAAAGAAAGGGCAUUUUAAUAUUUUUAAAUAUAGGAAGGAUGUAAUCAUUAGGAAUAGCACCCUUAACAUUGAAUUAAGUUAACUAUGAAAAUCUCCCAAAUUUGUCUUUAUUUUUCUCAUUUCAUUAUGGGCAAGUGAAAAGUUCAUUAUGGCAAUUACUGAUACUUGGAUUGGCUUUUGAGAAUCACUGUUUUAAAUAGUCCUUAAAUAAUCAGAAUAAAACAUGAAGUAUAAUUUUUUACUAUAGCCCUUUAUACGGCUAGAAGAGGUAUGAAUAAAAAUACUGAUUGGCUCAUUUCUAGAAUAAAUAGUGUUAAAGGAAACUUUCUAGAAUUGAUAGACAACCUACUACACAUGAAAUACUUAAGUAUAUUCUAUGGUUUCUUGUAGAGAAUGGGCAAACUUUUUAUAAAGGGCCAGAGAGUAAAUAUGUUAGGUAUUGUGGGCCAUAUGAGCUCUGUCAGACCACUCAUCUCACCAUGUCAAUGCAAAAACAUCCAGAGAAACACAUGAACCAGGGUAUCUCAGCCAUGGCACUGCUGAUAUUUUAGGCCAGAUGUUUUGGGCAGCUGUCCUGCGCCCUACAGUGGGUUUAGCAGUAUAUCUGGCCACAAGUUGCCAGUCAUAGAUGCCAAUAGCUCCCCCCACCUCCCAUUGUAACAACCAAAUAUGUCUCCAGAUGUCACAAGAUGUGCUCUAGGGGUCAAGAUUGUACUCAUGAAGUAUUUGAAAACCACUGACCUAAAUGAAUGGG